AUGUCAUUAUUCGCUGUGGCCUCGACUUUCAUAUUGAUAAGAAAGCCGAUCACGCCCAAGGUGAUUAAUUCCAUCGUAAUUGAUAAAAAGGUAACAAUAUUUCCACUCCGCGCAUCUGUUAAUGCGAGGAUGAAAAAAGCCAGCAGGGGCUUCAAUGUUGGCUCCACAGUGGCGAUUUCUCUGCAGAACUUCCAGAAGAAGCAGAGUUUAAAUGCAAGUGAGCCACUUUGUACCACCACAAAAUUUGUUGUUGGAGCUUGGAUAAAGUCUGAAUAUGACCCAAAUACUGAAUAUCGAUAA